AUGGAGGGCGAUGCCAAGAGCCUUCCAACAGAUCCCAAAGCUGGGCUGGUCCUGGGCGUAAAAGGUUGCGAGGAGGGCAUGCCUGACAGCGAGCCUCGCAAGUCAUCCAGCGGGUGCACAGCCGAGUCUUGGGUGUCACCAGAGCAACUCCAGGAGCUGAGUGGAGGGGAGGAGACUGAGGAGGACAAGGACGACUCUCAAGACGCGGAGAGGGCAGGCCUCACACGGUCUCCUCCAAGGAAACGAGGUGCCGCGGUGUCCGUCGAUGUCGCAGACCUUCCUGCGAAGCGUCGCCGGAAGCUUCCUCCAGGAGCACGUGUCAUGUUCAACGACGAGGUGGAUGAGAUAGAUCCGGACUUCGGCAUCACCGGACAAUGCCCGGCCGCGCGCUCUUUCAAGCAAAGCUCUGUGUUUCGCACAUUCGCAGACUACGUCGCGGCAAGGCGGGGCUUGCUGGGCCCGGGCCCUGUGGUGCGAGUGGCCAACCGGACGGCUGUAGCUGCAGGUCCGGCCGCUGGAGUCCGUGUGCUGCAACCACCACCGCCGUCAGGGCCGCCUGUGAUGGGGGCACCGGCACCGGCGCGGGCAUCCACGCCCGUCCUGCCAGUCACAGAGGGCCAGGCAAUCCCGCCACCGGAGCCCUUCCAGGUAGUUCCUGCCCAGAUGCCCGAGAACUUGACGCCGGAGGAGCAGCGCAAGCAUCAAGCGCUCUACGUCACCACGCUUCAGGCUUCCCACGCCCUCCGUGACAAGUUUGGAAUGGUGGGGAUCUUGGAGGUGGUUCGCAUGUCAGAUCCACAUCUUAACACCCUGGCCCUGGGUAUGGAUCUGACUGGCAGGAACGACACGCCACCGCGCCGGGAGCCAGAGUUCUAUCUACCUCAAAGCUACUUCAUGAACCCUCCGAGUCCGAAGUUGGAACACUUCUCAAAGUUUUCCCUGGAGACUCUGUUCUACAUGUUCUACAGUAUGCCCAGGGACAUGCAACAAGCUCUUGCGGCAUGGCAAUUGUACGAGCGUGGAUGGCUGUACCACAAGACGGAAAAGAUGUGGAUAGCAGCGCAGCCGCAGGAUGAUGGUGCAGGCAAUGCGCGCAGAGUCUACUAUGACCCAAUCGCUUGGGAGGUCAAGUAUGUGCCGAAUGAAGUGGAUCCUGCCGGGUUCCUCAGCAAGGAAGACGUGAAAGUGCGAGGAGUCACCCCUUCUACGGUUCAGUUGACACCGGUUGGGGGACACCGGGUAAAUGCAUCUCGCAAUGGAAGGCGUUGCGUGUCUUCCGAGACACCUCUGAGCCUGGGCAGCCUGGGCAGGAUGGGAAACGCGAGCGCCGCUGACUGCAGCUUCAGGAGGAACUGCUGCGUGGGUGCCGUUGACAGGACGGUCGGCUUCGAGUACAUCUCUGAAGGUCACACUACGGACAUCGUGCACCUGGACGAGAACACAGGCACUCCGACUCAGAGCCGAUGCCUGUCCUUGCCCACUUCUCUUGGAGAUGUUUCAAAGCCGUGGCAAGAGUACAGGCUCCGAUUCUACAAUUUCAACAUGGGGAACAACUCUGACUUCCGAUCUGUCGAUGAGCUCUCUGGACCAGGAGGACGCGGCGUGUUUUGCGAUGCCCUGUCCGAAGCUUUGGCAGAUGGGCGAUCCCUAGACGUCUCCUUCGCCACCUUCGUCGAGACACGUUUGAACUUCACAAGCUGGGUGGCCAAGUACACGUCGGGCGACCAGAAGCCUCGCUUGGACUCUCUCCUGACGCAGAGUGCCCGGCGCGAGGGAAGUAUCAGCUCACGAAAUGUGGUCCGAAGCUUUGUUGAAGGACUUGCCGCAAGCUACAACGGCAAUUUAAAGUCCAUGCUCGCCUUCUGCAGCGAUGAGUUCCAGGAGGACAAGUCUGGUGGCAUCUUCGGAAGAUUGACGGAAAGGCAGGUUGGAGGAGUUCCAGUGCCGAACCCGAAGAAGGCAUUCAUCGGACGCAGCUUGAUCCUGCCCGGAGCUGGGGAAGGCAUCCGCAUCUGCUUCGUCAGCUGUCACUUCCCCAUCACACAGAUAGCGGCAGCGCUGGAGGACCCUUUGCAGGACCCACUGGAAGCAGCGAAGAUCGCCCUGGCAAAGACCUUGCGCAAGGUGCUCCGCAAAGCUCACCAGAGGGGCCUGACCGACGAGCGAACGAUCAUCUUCGUCCAGGGGGACAUCAACAGCCGGACCGUGCUCCGGGAGGGCGAGGUCAACGAUGUCUUAUUGGAGCUGCUGGAAGACGAGUCGCUGCAGUCGGCAAUUCAGCAGCAGUUGGAAGAUUUGCCUGCCGGGCGAUGGCGUGAAGCCGUGUCGCACGACAGCGUGCAUGAGCUACCUGUAACUUACAAAUUCAACAACAAGAAGGUGUGCCAGACUGGCAACAGUCCUGCACGCCGGCGCGCGGAGCGUGCGGAACAGUCCCCCAAGAGUGAGGAGUCAGGCUCAGACCGCGAGCAUUAUCUCACCAUAGGUGAUGUGAUGUCCAAGGCGCGACUGCGAGCCGAUUCUGUUCCGGACUUGAGCAAGGUUCAGACCACGAAGACGACCUCCACAACGACAAGUAAGCGCACAGAAGGUGGUCUCUACAAGAGGACCUUGGCGACCUUGGGACAGGAGUGGCUGGACAACUGGGGGGUAGCCUUCAAGCAGAAGGACUUCCGAUCUUUCAGGUUCCCCUCGUGUGCCGACCGGGUGAUCUACUGGGCCUCGGAUGCGCUCUACGAUCGCAUCAGCUGGGAGCUGCCGAGGGGCGGCUACGAGGUGAACCACUCGCAACUGGGAAGUGACCAUCGCCCGGUCAGCUUGGAGGUCAUCUUGAGAAUCUCCGAGGACCCUAUCCGAGAGUCCAAGACCCUGAAGCCAGCGCGCAGCUAUAUGACGGAGGGCUUCCUCUCGGAGCCGGAAGAUCCAUGGUCAGAGGUGGAGGAGGAUGGCUUGGAAUCCUGCGAGGCCACGCCCAGGACGGUCGCAUCUUCGCCGCCCGCAUUCGGAGAAGCGCGGUCGCCCAGUCGCCGCCGCUCGGAGUCGGAUGCCAGCGUGUUCUCCAGCCGGUAUCCGGGCUCUGAUCAAGAUUCCUGA